CGCGAGGCGAGGCAAGGGGGAAGGUGCAACAGUGAGGGUUAGACGGCCAGUGUGUUAGGAUGCCGCUCCCGCAUGUCGUGUUGUUGCUGGUGCUGGGGGCAGUCCAGGCAGAGGCACAAAGAAUAAUAUUUCCUGACAAGCUAAGAUACUCUGAGGGAGAAGUUUGCAUCACAAAGUCAGGCCAGACAAGCACAUGUGAACGAUCCUGUCAAGAUGCAUCAAGCCAAAGUGUUGAUAACUUGUGUGGCUAUCAGGACCUCAUCUUCCUUUUCUGUUGUGAGAAAAAAUUGGAUAGCUUAACGGACAUCUCGCCUCCCGCACUCAAUUUCCAGUGUGGGAAGAGUAUCAAAAACAAUGAGCCAGGUACUGUGGGACCUGUACCUCGACCUGCACUUCCGCCGGGGCCUGCAACCGCUGAGGGACAAGUUAAUCCUCUGGAACUGCCUCUUCCUGCUUUCCAAGGCUCCGGCAGCGACCUUAUUCAUCAGGCAGUUGGCGGCGUGAAUACGAGAGAGAAUGCCUGGCCAUGGAUGGCACUUAUAGGGAUACGGGACGCUCAAGGUAUCUCUUGGUUCUGUGCUGGAGUGUUGAUCAACGAACAGUGGAUCCUCUCAGCCCUGCACUGCUUCCUCAAUCAAAACAUCGAUGUACUCGUGGUGCGUCUUGGUGAACACGACUACAACAGUUUAAGCGAAAGAACGCCUCAUCAGGAUUUUGGCGUGAUAGAAACUGUGUUCUACCCAGACUACAGCCAUCCCCAAGCCUACCAUGACCUGGCCAUGCUCAGGCUGGACUCAAGGGUCAGCAUACAGAGGUCCAUCAGUCCUGUGUGUCUGCCAUGGGGGAAGGAAAGCGACAGAGUGCUCACAAACCAGGUAGUCACGCUUACUGGGUGGGGCGAUACGAAGUUUGGUGGACAACCCAGCUCCAUCUUACAGGAGGUUAAAGUAACGGUGUUCUCGCCCACCCAGUGUGAUCGCAGCUACUCUAACCUACCGCAAUACGCCGAAACUUGGCCUCAAGGCAUCGGGCAGGAGACUGUGUGUGCAGGAGACCCUAACGGAGGACGGGACGCUUGUCAGGGUGACUCCGGCGGGCCUCUGGUGUCUCAGGACGCCCGUGGAAGUUAUGUGUUGGCGGGCGUCGUGUCGCGAGGCUACGGUUGUGGCCAUAAGGACUAUCCAGGACUGUACGCCAACCUGCGUUACCCGCCCUACCUUGCAUGGAUUAAGAAGGUCGCCUUCACCACGAUCUAAGCGAAGUCUGAGGAGUAGAGUUAGGAAUGGGACGAUGUCUCCUAACGGUGGGCUUAGGUUCCGGCACUUGGGAACCGUAACCCCUAGUGGAUGACUUUCAUAAUCUCGGAUCGCGGUCAGAUUUCGAACCCGUGCGCCUGAGGGUUCCACAAUACCAAGGCGGCCGCCAUGAGUAGUCAGUAAAAUAAUAAACGGUUUAAAAUGCCUCCGUAAUAUGACCAAAUGUCUUUAAAUGUGUUGGAAAAAUGUAGGUACCUGGUUCUUCAAAAUAAAUGCAUUCCUCAUC